ACAGUGACGUCUUGCGUUGUUUACGACUGUUGCUGUCCAACAACCCUUUACUUUGCGUUAGCUUGUGUGCCUUCACAAACACAAAUGCAUUUAGUAUUAGGCGGGCCGUGAGCAUAUGUAGGACAUAAAGUAGCACAAAAUGAUCCUGCACAAUUAAGGACAAAGAAAUGCCAUAGAGGAAGGAAGUAGAUCCAGGUCUCCUCCGCCAGGGAGGAGAGGUCUCCUCAGAAAUGGCAACUGAACUCCAUGAGACUAUUUUCAUGGCCAAGCAAGAGCGCCACAAAAACCUGUUUCUUAACUACAGAAACCUGAAUAAUUUCCCUGUGGAACUGCUGAAGGACGAAGGCCUGCAGUUUCUGGAGAGACUGUACAUGAAGAGGAAUUCACUCACCACACUGCCUGACAAUCUUGCUCAGAAGCUCCCAAACCUAAUUGAACUGUAUUUGCACUCAAACAACAUUGUCCUUAUUCCUGAAGCUAUUGGAAAUCUGGCCCGACUGCAGUCAUUGGACCUGAGCAAUAACGCCCUCCAGCUCCUCUGCCCUGAGAUUGGCCGCCUGAGGUCUCUGCGGCACCUGAGACUGUCCAAUAACCAGCUGAAAUGCCUUCCUCCAGCGAUCGGUGACCUACAGGACCUGGAGACUCUGGAUGUGUCGAUGAACCAGCUGAUGUCUCUACCAGAUCGGCUGCACCGCUGUGUUUCCCUGCAGAAUCUGACCGCCGACCACAACCUGUUGAGCCACGUUCCCCGGCAGCUCUGCUUGCUCCACCGCCUCAACCAGCUCUCCAUGGCCGCCAACCGGCUCACCUUUCUGCCGCUCGAUCUGGGCAGAUCACGGGAGCUGCAGUUUGUGUUUGUGGACAACAAUGCGGACCUGAAAGGCCUUCCCUCCUACUUGUAUAACAAGGUCAUCGGCUGCAGCGGGUGCGGCAUGUCAGCCCAGGUGUCAGAGGGUGACCUGAGUGAGGUGCUGGGUGAGGCACUAGGUGAGGCUCUGGUCGGGCUUCCGGGUGAAGUGAAGAUGGUGGGCUCAGAAACGGAGAACGUGGUUCCCCUGGAAGAGCUCGCCAUGAGAACCCUGCACAGCAUCUACCACCGCCGCUCCACAGACCUCAACUUGCUGCCGCCCGUCAGCCUCCCAAAGAGCCUGCUGGACCUGCUGCAGUUCCCCCUGGGACACUGCCACCGCUGCAGUCAAGCCAUGUUCACAAUCAUCUUCCCCAAACUCUUCCCUCUCCGUGACACCGCUUUGGCAGGAGUGCACCGCAGGACGACUGUGAGUUUUGUAGCCUACUGCUGCUCCAGUCACUGCCUCCGCACCUUUGACCUCCAGGGAUGAUGUCCUUUUCUUCGCUCUGUACACAUUCAGAGUGGUUUCCAGAAGGUGACAGAUAACGGCUCGUUAUUUGUGCGGAUCUGGAAGUUCUGUGUGCAUCAAUACAGGAGCUCUGUGCGUGAUUGACAAUGCUAAGAACUCCAGAGACAGCCUGUGUGGAUGUUGGGUGGGUCAGAUGAUGGACACAUAGCUUGUUCAGCAACGUUUUAUCACACUUCAGUCAAAGGCUCAAACCCACGUGAUUUUCCUGAGUCCGACCAACUGCGACGAUUGUAUUCCUGUGUAUGUGGUGGGGGUCAAAAUAAUCACUACCAUGUGUGCACGUAGCAUUCAACUAGCUCUAUCUAGAAAGUAACUUUAAGUUAUCACACCUGAAGUAACUACUCACAAAUGGGCACUUUUUAAGAACAAGCAGUUUGAUUGUUGUGAAAUCAGCAGUUUUUCACACAAAAGUUUAUUGCAGCAGACACAUCCCUUUGAUUGUGGGGUCACAUUUGAGGUAUUAACAUUUUAGUGCAGUUUGUUUUACUGAUUACUUAAGCAGGGUUCUAAUUGAUCAAUUUGAUAUGUCAAUUUCAGCAGCAUGUAAAGGAACUUGUUAGAAAAGACCCUGCCACAUUGACAAUUCAGCUAUAGCCAUGUGUCUUUGAACAAGAGACUUGAGUCUAAUGUAAGUUUAUGCAACGAAAACGCUAUUUUCCUUACAUAAAGUUAAAUUCAGUGUAAAAUUAACUCCAAAUGAUCCAAUUUUUUUCAACAAUGUUGUAGAGGAUUAACGUCUGCAAACUCAUUCAAGCCAAAGGUUUCUGUCGUCACCUGAAAGGAAUAAGGUUCGUACACCUCAGAGGCACUGUGAUUCUCUUGUUGAACUGACGCUUGUGUGUUAAUGUUCAUUACUAUGUUGUACAAUUCUAAUUUAUCAUUUGUUUUGACUGUGUUGCGUUUGGCAGUAAAUGUUGACUGAUGUUUGACUUUUAGUGAAUUUCCGUUUUGUUUUUUUUACACCAAAGAGAGUUUGUUAGAGUGGAUACAGGUGUUAAUGUGACAGUUAGAAGUGUGCAUGUUAAACACUGUAAAGAACCCUUAACUUUUUUUUUCAUACAAAUACUUAACACAGGUCACAACAGCUGAAGUUCACCUCCAAUUUCUUUCUGUUAUUCUUCCUGUUACACUUUUUUAGCCUAACAUCAUUAACUGUCUGUGCUGCAAUUCUGGUAACCAGUGUAGUUGUGUCAGUAGGCCAGACAGUCAAGCUCUUUGGCCUCUCUGCAUGUGGGAUAGAGGCCUAAUAAACAUCCUGGCAACAGGAAGGUGUUGUGCCAAAAAGCCCUGAGCCAA